UCUGAAACUGUAAAGAAAAGUUUGUAGCACAUGAUCGGUCGAGGCUGGGAGAACGUCGAGAGCAUCGUGAAACAGACAAAAUUGGAGGAUAAUUGAGAUUCGAAAUUCAAUCGAAUGAAUUGAAACCUUUGCGGAGACGUUAUAAGAUCGUUGGAACAUGGAUUACACGAGAUUUUUUGCCAGAAGAGCAGCCAGACGACGAGGGAAUUUAAUCCGAAAAUUUACGGAAAUGCGGUCGAUUAAUCCAGAAGCCAUUUCCCUCGCUGCCGGAAUGCCCAAUCCUGCGUCGUUUCCCAUCACAGCAAUGUCAGUCAGCUAUAAAGAUAACAUAGUUAAGAACUUUACUGGACUUGAAUUAAAUAGUUCUCUGCAAUAUGGACCUUCGCAAGGACAUCCACCGCUCCUCACGAAGUAUCGAGGGUUCCAACAAAAAUGGCAUAAUCCACCUGUCAAAGAGCUCGACGUCAUCUUCAUGCCUGGCUCGCAAGAAGGUUUCUGCAAACUUCUCGAUCUCUUCUUGAACGAGGGCGAACCCAUCAUGGUUCAAACACCGGCUUACACGGCGACUCUUGGUGCGAUCCGUCCAUUGGCACCUGACUUUCUAGGUAUUCGCCAAGACAAGGAUGGUAUAAUUCCGGAAGAAAUAGCGAAAGUCUGCGAAGACCGAAUUCGAUCCAACAAAGCGUUACCAAAGCUGCUCUACGUGAAUCCAACUGGCGCAAAUCCGACAGGCACGGUAUUGACGUACGAACGAAAACUGCGAGUUUACGAACUUGCGAAACAAUACGAUUUCAUCAUAAUCGAAGACGACCCUUAUUAUUUUUUGCACCUCGAGGACAAGCAGCCAGCUUCGUUUCUAUCGAUCGAUACCCAAGGUCGAGUCGUGCGCCUCGAUUCUUUCAGCAAAAUCAUGAGCGCUGGUAUUCGGGUUGGUGCUGUUACAGCUCAUGAGGAAAUCAUAAAAAAACUCAUUAUUCAUGUCGAAAAUUCAGUUUUACAAUCUUCCAGUCUUUCUCAGAUGCUUUUAUUACAAUUCUUCGAUACCUGGAGCCCCGACAGAUUCGAAAAACACUUUAAAGAGAUCCAAACCCUUUAUAGGGAACGACGGGAUCUCAUGGUGACUGCUCUAGAAAAACACUUGACAGGGAUCGCCGAAUGGUCUGUACCGAAAGCUGGUAUGUUCCUAUGGAUUAAAGUCCCAAGUAUUCAGAGUGCUUUUGAAUUAGCCAUGGAGCAGUUAGCGCCGAAAGGGAUUUUCGUUAUCCCCGGAAAUGCCUUCAACUGGGAUACCGACCAGCCAGACCAGCACUUACGACUUUCGUACAGUUUUGCAACGGUCGAAGAAAUUGAUGAGGCACUUUCAGUUAUUUCAAAAAUCAUACGGGAAGGAGCUCAGUCGGCAAAGUAGACCAAUCACGACUGAAACCUUCCGAAAUUAGUUGCUCUGCAUUCGGUAAAAAUGGACUGUACAUUUUCACUAGCAUUUCCACUGAUUUUAUUGAUAUUGCAGAUUAGUUGUUUUUCAAAAUUGAGAAAAAAACGCGAUGCAUUCCUCGACUGUGUAUGAAGAGGAGCCGACAAAGUGCACAUUAAACUUUGACUUAACACUGCAUUUCAUUAGCCACCCCGUUGAAUAUUUUAUUAAUAAAUUUAAAUUGUAAAGAAAAAAAAUGACCAAUUUUUGAGGGAUACGCUGUCUGAACGAAGUGAAAGAAUCCUGGUAGCUUCGAUGUUUGAUUAAAGUGAGCGUUUCUAAAAAA